UCGUCAAUGUGACUGCCAUUAUGUAGGUGUCUUUGCACUGUAGGAAAAUAAAGAAGUAUUUUGAGUAAAAAUUGGUUGAAGAUAGUUCACUUUUCUGCUAUUAACGAAUGUUUAUCUUUCACAUUAUACACAGGAAUAUAUUGGAUAACAUAAUUCACAUGGAAUACACAUGUGACUGGCCAUAUUAUAUACAUUUUUAUAUAUAUACAUAUGUAUAUAUAUGCAUGCACAUAAAUACUGACUGAAUUAAAAUUAACAAUCACAUCAUUUAUAUAUAUUAAAUGUUCGACAGACAAGUUAUAUACACAAUUCAAAAAAAAAAACUGAAGUUACAUACCUGCCCUAGAAAGAUUCAUUCCAUUGAUUUUUCUUAAUUAUUGUGAGAUCCACAGUGAAGUCACUGCACAACUAUGCUAAGAUGCUGCAGUAUAUUUAGUUCAAAGAAUACAUUUUUGAUAAUAUUAGCCUCAUUACUCAUUCCAUUGUAUAUAUCUUUAGAAUUGUGCUUCUUCAUAUCUGAUCAGUAUGUCUUUUACAGAUGUACAGUAGAUGAAGGUUUGCUAUAUGAAUACAAGGAUGGAAAGUUUGCACUGAAUGCAGUUAAUAAAACAGAUGAAACACUACUAAAGCAAGGACAACGUAGGGCAGCUUGGAUUGGCGCUUGCAAUCAUUCAGUUAGACUGAUACUGGGUCUAUUAACAACAAUGGUAAUGGGCUAUAUUUCUGAUCGUUUCGGCCGUCGUAUUGCUCUGGGCACGAUGAUAGUUGGAGAAACAUUACAAAUAAUUGCUUUAAGUAUAGUUGUUUCAUUGCAAGCAAGUGCAUGGUUUACAAUCAUUCCCGGUUUAUUUGAUGGAGUUAUAGGUGGAGGUCUAUUGUCAAUACAAGCACAAGUUUCGGCGUCUCUUGUAGAUGUUGUUAAUAAAGAAAAACAAACUAAUGGUGAAAGAAAGAAAUCAGUGAAUAAUAAAGACAACCACGAGAAGGAAUUAUGGGGUUUAUUUACAUGGUUCGAUGGAAUUUCACUAAUAAGCUUAUCCUUAUCAAACCCAAUUGGAGGUGCUCUCCUUUAUCGAGAUGGAUUCCGAUCGCCUAUUAUUGUCUGCAAUUGUCUUGUCGCUAUUAGUUUGAUACUUAUUUUUUUUCUUCCCGAAUCUAACACUAGAAUAAGUCAAAAAUGUUUGAGUCAGAUUACGAUGACAAGUGAUAUUAACUGCAAAUCCAACUGUGAGCACGUUGAAGUUAUUUUACCAAACAGCAAAAAAAUGGUAUAUUGGAAAAUGAAGUAUGCAAGUGUUAGAGCUAACUUCAAAGUCCUAUGUGACGGGUACACACAACACAUUUUGGUUUUAAUUAUUGUGUUCCUGUUAUCUGUUGUAAUAUCAACUGAUCUGUACAUUGUAUACAUCUACUUAAUGGGCUAUCCUUAUCUAUGGAAUUCACAAGAUGUUGGGAUUUAUUCUGGUGUUACUGAUGUGGUGUCUGCAAUCGUUGCAAUUAUUUUCACAAUUUCAGUAGCUAAAAUAAAACGUGCAGCUGAAUCAAGGUCAAACGACAAGGUGCUAGAAAUAUCAGUCGAUGUGAAAAGUAACAACGUUGGUUCUGAGAAGAAGAAAACCAGUAUCGUCAACUUAUUAUUAACAAUACUCAUUUGUAGUAUAUUCAUGAUAUUGGUCAACAGAUUUUUACUGGGUAUAUCACAUAUGUUUGUAUCUUCCACAGCAAAUAUUUUAGUUUAUGUGGCUACGGUACCCAGAAUGGCUAAAGGGUUAACUAGUCCCAUAUUACGAACACUAAUAUCAAUGUGGAGUGAUCACGCGAAACAAGGUUUGAUGCAUUCCUGUAUUGCGUUUGUCUCAAGACUGGGAAUACUUGUUUGUUUUGGUAUACUGAUAUUCGUCUACUCGGCAACAACAAGUACACUGCCUGGCACUGUAUUUUUUGUUUGCUGUGCUCUAAUGGUUGCUGCAUUGAUAAUUAAUGGGUUAUUAUUUUGUUCUGGCAGGAAGACUGGAGAUCCUAACGACGUGUUUUAAUUAAUCUGAUGAUAUAGACCACAUUUAUUAUUUCCAGUAGUACAGAAACAAGUCAUUUAUCGGAUAUAUAAAUGCCAUCAGCUUGAAUAAGGUGCGUAGUAACAAAUGACGUUUAUCAGAUGGUAAUUGUCACAAACUUAAUUCCAUACUGAUCAACUGCCUUUCGACGACACGUGUCAAGUAUUCAACCUUAUUUAUUGAAAAAGACACUUUAAAAAUCUCUAAAAAUUUCCUUAUUUUUGAGAAUAUUUGAGAAUAUUUGUUUGUUUUGAAAAAGCAUGACACAUUCAGCAAAAUCAUUUGAAACACACUCAUUUCUUUUCUAGAUAUACUGCUCAAAAAAAAAUCUAAUUUAUCUUUUAAUGAACUCCAAUUGAUUAUGCUAAAAAAGUUCAAAUAAAAAAGUUCCCUAUAUUUUUUCAUAUUCCAAAAAAUAUAUAUUAUUCUGUGCUUCAUUGUGUCACAUAAAUAAGCUGAUUAUACUGAUUAUUUCGGCUUACUGAUAUUCUAUUAAAUUGAAAAAGUGUAAAUAAUUAUUCUGACACUAGAAAAUUAACAUAUGUUCAUGUGAACAAAGCAAAAAUAAUAGUUCUUACAGAAUAAUAUGCUACCAUCAUUUUUUUCUCUGGACUCUCAUCAACUGCUUACUGCCUAAAUGAAUUACUAAGUUUAUGUACAGAACAAUUUUAACAUACUUGUUAGAUUAUAGGAGGUUUCGAACUCAGUAAAAAGUGCUCGGAAAAUUACGCUAAUAUAGUUUUUACACGGGUAAGUU